AUGGAUCAUCGCUCGUAUGUGAAGGGCAAAAUGCCGUUGAUUGGAAUGGGGACUUGGCAGAUCAGAAAUGAAGAAACCCUUUAUAAAGUGAUAGAUGAAGGUCUCAAAGAAGGGUAUCGGUUCAUUGAUACCGCCCAGGUCUAUGGAAACGAGGCAGCGAUCGGUAGAAUUUUGGAGAAAGUACUACCACAACACAACCUUAAACGGGAAGACAUUUGGAUUACAUCUAAACUGGGACCGGCCAACGCAGGGCUCAAAGAAGCAAGGAAGAGUAUUGAAAAAUCUUUGAAAGAUCUUAAGGUCGACUAUCUUGAUCUGAUGCUCAUCCAUUGGCCUGGAAGCUCUCUAAAGAGCGAAAACCCAAAAAACAAGGCUUUGAGACAAGAGAGUUGGGAUGUGAUGUGCGCAAUGAUGAACGAAGGAAAAUUAAAAGCAAUCGGUGUUUCGAAUUUCGAAAUCUCUCAUCUGGAAGAACUAAAAAAGUCAAGUACAGUAGUUCCUGCGGUUAACCAGGUUGAAUAUCAUCCACAUUUCCAUCAAGACGAGCUGGUCAAGUUUUGUCGGGACAACAAUAUUCACUUCCAGGCAUACAGUAGCCUCGGAAGUCCUACAUAUAGAGAAGAUUUAUCAAAGGAAACGUUGGUUGUCGAGCUCGCUCAAAAAUACAAAGUCGAAAUCCCGGUUCUUCUAUUGGGAUUCGCAUUUUGCCAGGGAAUCAGCGUAUUACCUAGAACCACUAAGCCGGAGCAUGUUGUCAGCAACUUCAAGGUCACCAAAUUAGCAAUUUCCCCAAGUGACAUCGAGCGUCUGCUGGCCUUGAAAGUUGAGCAUAAAACAUGCUGGGAUCCUCGUGUAGUCGUAUAA